UUUUCCAUGGAGUAGAAGUGAGGGGGAAGGGAAUCUGGGGGGCGGAAUGAAUUGUUGACCACAGAGAAAAGGGUCCUGGUGUUCCCAGCACCAGCAGUGAUUUUGUCAGUAAAGAAUUGUGAUUUGGCUGAGGAGAGGGCAUCUUUGUAGAGGAGGAUGUGGGCAUGGUGCAUCUGUUUAUGGAUCGUGAGUCCGGUUUUGGUGAAAAGCCUCUCCAACUGACGACCCUUGGCUUUCAACUGGCGGAGCUGAGGGGAGAACCAGGGGGCAGAGUGGGGGAAUGAGACAGUCCGGGUUUUGAGGGGAGCAAGUGAGUUCAGCAGAGUACGGAGACUAUCAUUGUAAAGAUUAACCAGAUGAUCCAGGGUGUGUGGGGGGGUGAUGAUGGGGAAACUGUCAAUGCCUGUUGUGAGGUCAGCCAGAUUAAUGUUUGUGAUGUUGCGGAAGGACAUGACACGUAACUGUUUGUAUUUGGAUAAUGUUAAACUUAAAUUAAAUAAAAUGAGCAUGUGGUCUAAGAUAGGGAGAUCGACAGCAGAGCAGUUGAGGGGAGUGACACCAGAGCAAACGACCAAGUCCAAAAUGUGACCUUUAGAGUGGGUGGGAAAGUGAAUAUGUUGAAGGAGACCAAAACUGUCCAAGCAAAAAGUGAAGUCCUUAGUGAGGGGAUGAUUAGUGUUGUCCAUGUGAAUAUUCAGAUCGCCCAACAGAAUGAUGUUGGGAGACAGUGAGCAGAUGUGUGUGAGAAGUGUGGUGAAUUCAUUGAUGAAGUCCUUGUUUGGUUUGGGUGGGCGGUAAAUGUUGAGUAAAACGGUUGGAGUAGGACCAUUCAGCUGUAGAGCCACAGAUUCGAAUGUCUGGGAUACUGGCAAAGAUAAUGACGAGACCUUCCAAGUCUCGCGGUGAAGUAUCGCGAGACCUCCUCCUCUUCCGGUGAGACGGGGGUGUGCGGUGUAAACAAACCCAGGUGGAACAGACUCGUUCAGAUGAGAGAAGUCGUCAGGGGUUUGCCACGUCUCAGUCAGGCAGAGAAAGUCCAACUUGUGGUCGAGGAGGAGGUCUUGUAGUAGCUGUCCCUUGCCUGAGAGGGAACGGAUGUUAAAUAAUCCAAACUUGACGUCGGAGUGUUGGUUGGUGAAGCUAACGUUAGCCGACCUGGCUAGGCUGGCUAACUUGGUGUGGUCCACCUUCCUGUGGGUUGGUUUUUUCUGACGGCGGGUGGAGGACCAGAUGGAGUUGAUGGCAGUGGAGUCAUCGAUGCGGUGGUAUCGCCCCGAUCCGCGGUGAAUGUACCUCCGGCGGUGGCGAGCGAUGUCCGGGAAGUUGUAUAAUACAGGCGGAGGAGCAGAACGGAGGAAUCUAAAUUGGAGGAGCUCCGCGCUCAGGUAGUGGAUCAGGCGUGAUUCUGGGAGUAUUAGGAGGGACAGGACAGUCCACAGGAGCACAACGCUCACAGCAAGCUUGUAGCUCCACAUGAUCCACGGCCACGGGCAGAUGUUCGCCGAGCAGCGUAGCUGUCAGCGUUCGGGUAGGCAGGACAACAAACUAGCUUUAAGCACAGUUCCUAUUAAACUAAACGGGAUGACAGUAAGUAGGUGGUCUGCUGCAAACUGUGCAGAAAAUCGUAGAAAAAUCGUCGAAAAAACAAUAAAACAACCGGAGAGCAGCGGCAGCUAGAUGCGCCAGCGUUCACUCACACCAGGAGACAAUCAGCAAUCAGCAAUCACUCUGGGAUUAGGACAGUGAGAGGCAUUCUAAGGUCCACACUUCCUCUGGUAGGCUAAAUGAUGCUUACCUGCUGUCUUUUCUCUAUGAAGCUAUGGCAAUUGUCAACAGUCGACCACUGACCGUUAAUAACCUCAGUGAUCCUCAUAGCCUCGAGCCGGUCACCCCUAAUCAUCUUCUCACUCUGAAAUCUGUCAAGGCCUUGCCUCCUCCAGGUGAGUUUGUCAGAGAAGACGUGUAUGGCAAGAAGAGAUGGCGUCAUGUUCAGUACCUGGCGGAACAGUUCUGGAGUCGAUGGCGAAAGGAAUACCUCGCUAACAUUGCUCUCAGACAGCGUUGGCAUACACCAAGGAGAAAUCUGCAAGUUGGAGAUAUUGUAAUGAUGAAAGAAGAAGACGUGCACAGGCAUGAAUGGAGAUUGGGCAGGGUUUCAGUAACCACAACUGACAAAGACGGACUAGUGAGGAGAGUUAAGGUUCGCCUCGGCGACAAGAAGCUUGGAAAAAAGGGAGAGCGUCUCCACAAGAUGUCUGAGGUCGAACGACCAGUCCAAAAGUUGGUCUUGCUGCUGGAGACUGAUUAAACUUACUCACUCCCCUAUGGUUCACAAUACUUUUUCAAAACGGCUUGUGAACUCGGUUUAUAAAGGCUCGUCACUUUCUUACUUAUGAAAGGUCAUAUUCAGUUAAAAAUCAUUUGUGCUUAAUGUAAAUUCUAUACAGUUACAUUAUUUACUCAUGAUUGGUGGGAGUGUAAAUGACUCUGAAAAUGUUCCAUUAAUAUGUUGACUAGUUCCUGCACAAAUUUAUUUGUAAGUGCCUUUGCAUGUUUUUGUUGGUCCUUUUAUUUUGAAGUUCUUCCGGUGAGACCGGAAAUAGAUGUACCUGUCGCAACUUGACAUUGCAAAAAGUCCGUGAGUUUUAAGUUUACUGAAGGAGAAGGAGUUCAUGUUUGUUUAUUCUUCAAUCCACUUUACGGACUGCUAAGCUCCUAGCUGGAACGGGAACAAGAUGUCUGUGUUUUCCAGCGGACUGCUUCAGAAGGUUGCCAUGUCUGUGAUGGUCCUGCUGACAUGCUAUUUUAUGAUAUUCUGUCACUGUCCUGAAAAGGGGACCAAACACGUUGACACUCAACAAAAACCGAGGUUGCUACCCCAGAGUCCUCUUCCCAAAUCCGGUCCAUGCAACUGUUAUGAGGGCUCAACGCUCCUCAAGAAUAAACUCCCGAAGGAUCAGUAUGAGGAGCUGUUGCAACGCAGAGCCAAGGAGCUCCAACAAUUCAAAAUCAGGACCACGUCUGUAUUAUCCACACCGCUGUUUGCGUUGCCCAACUCUCCGCUGCAGUACCCAAUCCAGGGUUUCCAUGUACAGCCUCUGAUCUCCACUCCUGUACCAGGUUUAGCACUGCAUGCAGGGCAAAGGAGCAGCUACAAGGUCUCCUUGAAAGUGUCCAAAGGGGUCCUGACCACAGAGAUUGCUGAUGGAGGGAAGGUGCAAGGUGAUGGGAUGACCAAGCUGAUUAUGGAGUCUAGCAGCCUGGUGAUCCUAAACUACCUGCUGGCUAAAGUGUUCUACACCAGCACGAUCUACCACAUACACACCGGAGACCUCGUAUCCUUCCAGUUUGAGGAGCAUGAGGCCGUGUUUCCCAUCACCAUCAAACAACCUCUCCUUCCAGUCCUGUACAACAUGGGAACAAGUGUGAGCUCUCACGUCACCGUCAUCACCAAGACGUUCCUGCGCUACCCACAACUCAAGGUGUUGCUGAGUAGCAUCCGGCGUUUCUAUAGCGACAUAGAAGUCAUCAUUGCAGAUGACAGCUUUGAAACGGAGCACAUUACUGGAGAACACAUCAGACAGUACAUCAUGCCGCCGGCACAGGGCUGGUUUGCUGGCAGGAACCUGGCGGUCUCCCAGGUAACCACCAAGUACUUCCUGUGGGUGGACGAUGACUUUGAGUUCACGGAGGGGACGAAGAUAGAGAAGCUGGUGGAGGUGAUGGAGGCGCACCCGGAACUGGAUGUGGUGGGUGGGACCGUAAAAGGGAACCAGUUUUAUUUCUCUCUCCUCUACGAUGAAGGAGAGGAAAUGGAGGGCGGCUGCCUGUACAGAAAGUCUCAAGGGAGGUUCCACUCACUUUCUGGUUACCCAAAAUGCUUUAUGGCCAGUGGGGUGGUCAACUUCUUUUUGGCUCGAACGCAAGCUGCACAGCAGGUGGGAUUUGACCCUAAGCUCCAGAGGGUGGCGCACUCAGAGUUCUUCAUGGACGGCCUGGGCUCCUUGAUGGUUGCCUCGUGCAGCCACGUGUCCAUCGGCCAUCAGCCCAAAUUCAGCGGGGACAGUAGAUACGGCAGAUUCAGACACCCUCCAUCAAAUGACUCAAUGUUUAAACUUCAGCUUCACUUCUUCAAAAACCACCUAAAGUGUAUCAAGUAUGGAUAGAGGACUACUUGUGGACAAUAUGGUCACUGGUAUAUUUCUCUCCCUUCUUGGUUGUUUUUAUUGUUUGGUGUGUAUAUAUAUUUGUUUUAAUAUAUAUAUUCUUUUUUCUAAUUUUUUUAAGAUAAUUAUUUUGCCUCCACAUCAGCUCUUGAAUGCCAUGCAGGGAAUCUCUUCUAAUUUGGCACAAAUGUACACUCCGGGAAGAAUUGUUUCGAUUGCGGUGGUCGAAGGUGACCUCACGUCUGUCCCAUUCUCGCAAUCUGGACCUCACAAACGUUUGGUCAAAAGACUCAGUAGUCUUAUUCUAGUUAUGAAGAAAUUCACACAAAUGUCUGAUCGGAUGAAAUGACAUCAAUGGAUUUAAACUGCAACAUGAGUGAGGCAUUCAACCUUCUCAAGGCAUUUGGCCAUUUGGCCAAUGUGGUUUGUCCUAAACGCCCAAGCGAAUAUGUAUUUUACAUAGUGCUUGUUAUCUUAUAGUAUGGUCAGGAACAUGUUUUAGCAAACAUAAAAUAUAGGUAAUUUUCCACAUUAUUAUGUCCAUGUCUGUCCAACGGGACUGUGUGAAAAAUUAAUGCAAUAUGGGUGGGAAAUUACUUAUACGUGCUUUCGUUUCACAGACAAAUCCUACUCCUCAAAUCCAGGAACUGUGUGCAUCCAAUUCACUUAGACUUUGGAAAUAAAUAUAUAUAUAUAUAUAUAUAUAUAUAUAUAUAUAUAUAUAUA